AAAGUGUCCUUGAGCAAGAUACCGAUCCCUCAUCAGUUGGUAUAUAAGAUGGGAGUGUGAAGCACUUGAAAUAACCAAGGUAGAAAAACACUGUGGAAGUGACAGCCCAUUUACCUAUUUUUUUUUCCCUUUCUUUCAUCAUGUAGGCCCAUCACCACGAAUACAUACGACAUAUUCAAAUUUUCAAAACAAAAAUUGGAAUAAAAACAUUUAAAGGUCACUCCACUAUGCCAAAAAAGGUAUGUGCCGUAAACACCUAAGCAGUAUAAUGAUACUUAUCCAAGGCCUAAUGACUGUAAGAACCGGUUAGACUUCUUUUUGUCGACGGGUUCAGUGUGAUUAAAUAUAACCUUUUCAGAAAGAAGGCACUUACACACCACAAAGAGAGAAAAGGGACACUACGUAUUAUAGCGUCUGAAAAGUUUUUUGGGUACACUUGAUUUCAAAGUGUCAUCAAUUAGCUAGGCAUGUUUGCACCAUUUAGUAUUCAUCACUACAUACGUAUUAGAGGGGUACUUAAUCUGUCUGGAGAAUAUAUGCACAUGAAAUUUGACAUUAAAGUUAAAAUUGCUCAAUGAUGUGUGUGAGUAUUUUCACAUUUCUGAUGAUGCAGUGAUCAUGCCUGCAUGGUGAGGCACUAAUAUUCAAAUGUACAACUUUAUGAGCCAAACAUAGUGGUGUAUUCACAAUUAAAUUGGCAGUCAGACAAAAAUUGGAUUUUGUAUAUAUAUAUAUAUAUAUAUAUAUAUAUAUAUGCUGAAAAAGUCCUAGAAAAUAAUAUCAAUAUCGGAGACUUCGAGUCCCCCCAACAAACCCUACAAUAUACAGACAGGCAGAAGGGAGAUGAGCCGCUCGGGGCUUUUCUUCCUUAAUAUCAGUUUGUUCACAAGCCAGACGUGUGAAGGUGUUUGGUUAGAUUGUAGCAACACCAAAAUUUAUGGCUUUGAUUUUCACAGGGCCAAACCAAGCGAGACCAGGACCAAUCAAAUGGGCUCAAUAAAACUGACUUCCCCCGGAGGUUUCAAAGGCUUUACGAAGAUUUGAUUUACAGUCUGGAGGCCAGACACUAGUGAGGAUGAGCUUGAGAUGUUGUGAUACACACUCUCGUCAGAUUGGAUAACUCGUGCCCCCUUGUGCAAUGAGACUGUUUAUGAGAAAACAUCCUCCAUUUUAUCUUUGCAUGUUGACAAGGAUAAGCCGUAAAGCAGAUAUUAGCCGAGGCUAUAAAUAGAAAUAUUCUCUCUCUUCUGGGUAGCAAAGCGAGCUUUCAACAGGUUCUGUGGGGAAGGUUGUGUUACCUAAUUAUCUCUUUCAAGUACUGUUUGGACUGUUGAACUUUGAAAGAGGGAAGAUUUAGCUACUGUUAAGUCGUUUUAAGGCGCACUGAGAAACCCGUACUGCAUGAAUACAGAAGGUCAUGCAACUUAAUUGCUGGCAGGAAGCUAACUCAAAGUGUUUACUGCCAAGCCAAUACAAUUAGUAUUUGAUAGAACUUUAUGCAAUUAGAGAUGUGGCAUGAGGACAGACUUAAAUUAAAUAUAACAAAAUAUAAGAAAAAACAUUUCUUAAAGUCAGUGUGAGGAAAAGUUGCAAAUGUAGGAUUUGGACUGUUGAGGAUUUUGCCCGGAACUAGGUAAUGUUUUGACCCAUCAGCACAAUCAUCAGUAUGUCAAGUUUAAUGUGACUGCAACUAGAAGCCCUUUAUUAUGUGUUUGAUGUUUUAUAUGUGCAAUGAAUGGAUGGAUAGAUGAAUGGCAAUAAAUAAAAACAUACUGCUAUAAAGACAUAAAUACAUUGAAAAAACACAAUGAUUUAUUGAUCAUUAACUUCAGUUAAGGAAGGAAAAUGAAAAGGGAGGCUACAUUGAAAGAUAAUCUUCCAUAAUAACAUGGGAAAAUUCAGAUUCAAGGUUUCUUUUUUAAUGUCUGUUUUUUCUUCAGUUCAUUGGUUGAUUUUGGGAUACAAGGUCAUUUAUUUAUUUUUUCUGGCAAAUGCAUGGGUAAUUGUGCAUACCUAUGAAUAUAGGGACUUAAUUAUACAUUUUUAUGAUUUUGGCAGUCAUGGUGACGCUCUGAAGGACACCAUAACUAUGAUGCAGCCUGUGCUAAAACGAGUUAAACACCCCUGCCCUAGAUGUUGCCAGGAUACUUUUUGCAAAUGAUGCAAACGAUUGCAUUGGGGAUAUGAAUAAUUUAUCCCUAACACAACAUCUUACAUUCGAUUGCCACUGUAGUGUGUCAUUUUGUCAUAGAAGAUUGAACAAAUUAAAAAAAUAUACAGGGUAUAACUUAUACACGCUGUAUAGACUCAGACAUCUUUUUAUUUCAAAUAAAUCAGUCAUUCUUACGCAAUCACACAGAUUGUUGGUGUGGACUUCCUGGUCGCCUACUCUAUUCAAGACUCAAAUUUGAAAUGAGUUGAAAUCAAGUUCUUCCACCCAUAUAUCAAAGUGUGAAACUCCACUCUGCCAGGUGUGAUGCAGUCAAUUGCACCAAGUCCUGCCCAAAUGGAAUAAGAGAAGCUGAGCUAACCUUUCAGUCCUGGCUGACAAGGUGCCCGGGCAACUACUGGCCUCCCGCUGUCUCUAUCCAUGGCGCAUCUCCAUCCUUAACUCCUGCACCCGCUCUUCAGGAUCACACAUAAAACCAAAAGAAAAGCAGUGUUCCGCACCAGUAGCACAACAAAGCAGGCUCGCGAUAUCAUUUCAGCCCGUGUAAAAGGCUCACAAGAAGUUCAACGUUCCCUCCAUGCAGACUCUUAACGUCGCGUCAUUUACCAAGGUGAGAAGGAUGUAGCACCAACGGGGUGGGGGAAGAGGAUGGAGUGUUCCUGGAAGACAGUGCUGCUGCUGGUGUGUGCCUCGUUGGGGGUCCAGUACACAGCCAUUCGCACCCUGAGGGACUCCCUGUCUGGACCCUGUCAGGGUGUUUACCAGUGUCAGAGCAGACAUCACAGAGAAUCCAAUUGGAGAACCUUGUGUGAUGACAGUUGGAUGUCCAUGGAAUCCCCUCAGAAGCACAUCCUGCUGUUUGCCACCACACGCAGCGGUUCAUCCUUCACUGGUCAGCUGCUCAACCAGCACCCUGAGAUCUUUUACAUGUUUGAACCUCUCUACCACAUCCAGCAAGCAUUCACAAAUUCCAGCGGGAGGAUUCGUCGUACUUUGGACCGCCGGGCCCUGCUGGGCGCGUACAGAGACCUUCUGCUCAAUUUGUACAAAUGUGACCUUCAUUUUAUCGAGAGUUACAUCCGCCCUGAGCCUCAGGACCACGUCACUAAUUCCUUCUUUCGUAGAAGCUCCAGUCAUGCCCUUUGUUCUCCUCCUGUGUGUCUGGAAGGAGGGAACGGAGAAGCACUCGAGCUUCCUGAGGAAAGUUGGUGUACCAAGAAGUGCGGAAACUUGAACCUCACCUUGGCGUCAAGGGCGUGUCUGUCAAGAAGCCACGUAGCCAUAAAGACAGUUCGGAUCCCCAAGGUGAGCGACCUGCGAACUUUGGUUGAAGAUCCACGUCUGGACCUAAAGAUCAUCCACCUGGUGAGAGACCCUAGAGCAAUUCUCGCCUCACGCAUCACAGCGUUUUCAGAUCAGUUUCGGGCGUGGAAAAUAUGGAACGCGACGGGGCGGCAACCGCGAUAUGUGGACCUAUCGCAGAUCACAAGCACCUGCCAGGACAUGGUGGCAUCCGCAGAAGCAGGAUUGGCGAGACCAGCUUGGCUGAAGGGCCGUUAUCUUUUAGUGAGGUAUGAAGAUUUAGCAUUUAACCCAAAAGACAUGGCUGACAAGAUCUAUCAGUUUAUUGGCCUAGAGUUGGAGGACAGGGUGCAGACAUGGAUUAGAAGAAACACCAACAGUAAUGUGUUUGCUCCAUUUGAUUGGAAUUACAAGUACUCCACCACCAGAGACUCCAGAAUGACGGCAGCGAGUUGGAGGCUUCGUUUGGACCAUAAUAUUGUCAGAACUGUGCAAAAUUUGUGCAACGACACUUUGGCCCUGCUCGGAUACAAACUAGUUCAUUCAACAGUCCAACUAAGGAACUUGUCCCAUAGUCUAGUUGAACCCAACCCAUUUCAACCCAAUCUUUCUCAAAAUUGGGUAACGACCAAAAAUGGUCAGGGUGGUACAUAAUUUAUUCAUAAAUAUAUUAUUUGUUACCUGUGGGGUUAUUUUCAUCUUUUUAAAUCAUUGAUUUCUAAGUAAAAAUUUAGAUCUUGGACCAAAAAGGUUUAAGAAACCCUCCAACCAGUAAUAAUAAUAAUAAUAAUAAUACAUGUAACAAUGUAAAAGGAUGUAUUAAUAGAUUAUUCUUUUUACUGGUGAUUCAAUGCUGUGAAGAUGCUAAAAUAAAGAAACAAAAUACAUAAUCUGUUCAUAUCUUACCAUUUCAAUACAGAUGUGCCAGAUAUCAAAAGGUGUGACAUGCACAGAUUUCGACUAAACUACUCAGUGUAUUGCUGUGUGUUGCAGUUAUGUGUGAAUUAAUUUUUAUCUAUUAUUCUAUAUGUAAUGUCACAUUACUGCUGUAAAUCAAACAAGCAAAUUAUGUGCAUACCGGGAGAGCAUUGGCCAUUGGAAUUUGAAGUAUAGUUUUAAUAAUGCCUUUGGAAAUAAAUGUCAAUAAAUGAGUGAAAUCCAACAGUGAUUUUAGACGAAUGUAAAUUUGUGGUCUGGUUUUGUUGGAAUGGAAUCAAGUAGAUUAUCGUGCAAAUCUUUUCUAAUAGUUUCUAAUAAGUGCACGUUAAAUUGGAAUUCUGUCCAGUUCGCCU